UCUGUUAUAAUUUAUUAUAUUGAUAUAACUAUUUUAUGUCUUCUUUCUUUAAUGUCUUAAAUGUUUUGACCAUGACGAUUUAAUUAAUGCGCCGGUCGAUUACGUCAUCAUUUGUCGACUUCCAGCGGCUUUUUGAGCAUGCAUCAGUUUUUAGUUAAUAUUUCAUUUGAAAUACUUCCAACAUGGGUUAUAUGCCCUGAACACUCAAGAGCUACACCGGUUAUAGUCUCUUAUUAGCGAAAUCGUCCUUCUGUAGCUGGGUUAGUUUAAUGUAUUUCUGAGCAGUAGAACCAUCUGCUAAUGCUCAACAGAGCUGAUGAUUAGAGCUAUCCAACUGUUUCUAAGAUUAUAUUCGGCAUAUGAUGGCAAGUCCACCUCAAUAAUCUGUACAACUGUAGCUAGUUACGCAAAGUAAGUUAAACUCUACAUAGCAGUGACACUAUUCGCAGUGCAUUAAAAUGCCUUUAUAGAGUAAGUUUGGUAAACAAGUCCGUGUGGUUGAAUGUGUAGCGCUAAGCACGGUAUUUUCUCUUCAGAGGAUGCUUGCUAGCCUGCUGCGCCUGUGGCCCACAAGUUGGACAAGUCUCACUAUGGAUUGCAUCUUGAAAGUUCUUGUUCUUGCUGUUUUAAGUGUCUCUGGGCAAGGCCAGCUGUUGACAGGUAGAUUUUGGCAUAUCACAGACCUCCACUUGGAUCAUACGUACAGAUUAUCAGAUGGAAACUCCGGAUCAGUGUGUAAUUCAAGUGGGAGUCAUCCAAGCCCACAAGCGGGCAAAUUUGGAGACUAUCUUUGUGAUUCACCAUGGGACCUCAUCAGUUCCUCUGUGCAUGCCAUGAAGGAUAUCCUGCCUGAUCCAGACUUCAUUAUUUGGACCGGAGAUGAUACACCUCAUGUUCCUAAUGAAGAUCUAGGAGAAGAGAAAGUCGUGGGAAUCAUUGCCAAUCUCACCCACAUCAUAAAAACACUGUUUCCCAAAACAAAGGUCUACUCAGCUCUGGGCAAUCAUGAUUACCAUCCAAAGAGUCAGUUACCACCCACACAAAACAACAUUUAUGAGCAAAUACAAAAGUUAUGGGAAGACUGGCUGGAUCCAGCAUCGAGAGAUACUUUUAAAAGAGGUGGAUAUUAUACAGAAAAGCUGCUAAAUCAAACCGGUUUCAGAGUUCUGGUUCUAAAUACUAAUCUGUAUUAUGACCAGAACAAAAUCACAAAAAACAUGAGCGAUCCAGCAGACCAGUUUAUAUGGGCAGACCAAGUGCUCACUGAAGCUGCCAAAAACAAGGAAAAGGUGUACAUUGUCGGUCACAUUCCUCCUGGGUUUUUUGAGAAGAAACGACAUAAGCUAUGGUUCACGUCCGAGUUCAAUAAACAAUAUAUAGAGCUUAUUCAGAAAUAUCAUGACAUUAUAAUCGGACAGUUCUUUGGACAUCACCAUACUGACAGUUUCCGGAUGUUCUACAGUGCAUCAGGAUCUCCAAUCAGUGCAAUGUUCCUGAGUCCAGCAGUUACACCUUGGAAAACAACACUACCCGGAGUAGUAAAUGGGGCAAAUAAUCCUGCCAUUCGGGUGUUUGAGUAUGACAAAAAAACACUUUUGGUUGAGGACGUAGUGACCUACUAUCUGAACUUGACCUAUGCAAACAUUGCACGUGCACGCUGGGAGAAGGAGUAUCGUCUGACUGAAGCGUUCAGAGUGCCGGAUGCUUCCCCUGUCUCCAUGCACCGUGUGUUGGAACAGAUAGCACAUGAGAACUGCUUCUUGCAGAAGUAUUAUGGGUUCAACUCAGUAAAUUACGACCUGUCAGAAUGCAACGCAGAUUGCCGUCUUGACCAUGUGUGUGCCCUGAGAGAGGUGGGCUUUGAGGCUUAUGAGGAAUGUGUGAAGGAGGGGGCUUCUUCUUCUAUGCCAGCACUUCUGACCAUAGGUUUUGCACUUUCUAUAAGCAUGUGGGCCAGCUACUAAUCCUUUAAGAACCCUUCCCGUUACCAGCACUUUUGUGCCUUUGUAAGUGUCCUCUCAUUUUAUCACACCAAGCCAUUAAACUGAGAGGCAAAGAGG